UGUCGCAGCUGUUAUUUAUUCUGGAUUUCCUCCCUACAUCUCCCCAUUGUUUAUACUCCCACUUCCUGGGGGGCAAUUAAGAGUGGAACAGACAAAUUGUUUAUUCCUCAAACUAACAUUUUUGCCUUGGAGACCAGCUGGUCCAAGAGUUUCUCCUCCCUUUCCACACUCACUGGCUUCAUAAGUGGGCGUGGGGUGGCUGGCCAGCCAUAGGGGGAGAAAGGAGGGAGCCAGGUCUGAGCUUGGGCUCACCAGCCACCCAGGGCAAGGAAUACCCCAGGGGACACUCUGCAGUGGGGCUGCCCAGAGAACCCUCCAGCUGCAGCAGUCAGCAGACCCACCCCCAGCACAGUGCCACCGGUUUGCCCUUCACCCCUGCCUGACUACAUCAGGCACCAUCAUCUGCACAAUCACUCAGAUAUACCCAAGCUGGAAGGGUUUUCCUCACUUCCUUUCUAGGGUGGUUUCCAAGGUCUCCAGAUUUAGGUCACUACCCCCGCACAGGUCACUCCUGCCACCUGGAGAAGGUUCCAAAGGUGAAACAGCUCCAGAGGGUGCCAAGGUUCACAGUGGAACCUUGAGAGACUAGGGAAGAAGGAGUUUGGGCAGAGACCUUGAGGCCUCUCCAUGGUGGAGCUUCUGGGAGAGGAUGAAUUCCACUGUUUGUAUGUGGGAUGGAUGUGUGUGUGUGUGUGUGUGUGUGUGUGUGUGUGUGUAUAGGGAGGUGGUUCCUGGAGAAGGCAACUAGGGCGAAGGCCUGAGGCUGGGAAUGAGGGUGGGGCCUACAGAGGAAGAACGCAACUCAGCCUAGUUUUCUGGAAGAGCUAGAGCCACAGGAGCAAGAAGAUAAGACGAAUGUAGCCUCAGAACCCAGAUGCCAGGCCUUUCCUUGGGAGCCAUAUAUCUGACUUCAGUGAAGACCAGGCUUCCACACUGAGGCUCUCGACACUGGCCCCCGCCUGUCUGUGCCGCCCUGAGCAGCAUGCAGCCCCUGGGCCUCGAGGGUACCCCCGCGAUCCUCCGGCGACCUCUGCUACGUCUCCUGCUCCUAGUGCUGCUGCUGCCGCCGCGGCCUAUAACCCGUGCCCAGAACACACCGGGAACCUCCAGCUCUCCGACCCCGCCAGCCACCCCCAGCUCCCGCGCCAAGCCGGCUGCUUCCAGCGCCCCAAGUCUGCGGGAGCGCGCGCGAGCCCUGAUGCGGGACUUCCCUCUCGUGGACGGCCACAACGACAUGCCCCUUGUUCUGAGGCAGUUUUACGGCAACAGACUACAGGAUGUCAAUCUGCGCAAUUUCACCCAUGGCCACACCAGCCUGGACAGGCUUAGAGAUGGUCUCGUGGGCGCCCAGACCCAGGAACGGGAUGCCUUGCGCCUCACCCUGGAGCAGAUCGACCUCAUCCACCGCAUGUGUGCCUCCUAUUCUGAGUUGGAGCUUGUGACCUCAGUUCAAGCUCUGAACAACACCCGGAAGUUGGCUUGCCUCAUUGGUGUGGAGGGUGGCCACUCGCUGGACAGUAGCCUUUCCGUCUUGCGUUCCUUCUAUGUGCUGGGUGUGCGCUACCUGACAUUCACUCACACCUGCAACACACCGUGGGCAGAGAGCUCAGCUAAGGGCAUCCAUUCCUUCUACAAAAACGUCACUGGGCUGACCAAGUUCGGUGAGAAAGUGGUGCUGGAAAUGAACCGCUUGGGCAUGAUGGUCGAUUUGUCCCAUGUCUCAGACACUGUGGCUCGGAGAGCCUUGGAAGUGUCACGGGCACCUGUGAUCUUCUCCCACUCGGCUGCCCAAGGUGUGUGCAAGAAUGCCAGGAACGUUCCUGAUGAUAUCCUACAGCUUCUGAAGAAGAAUGGUGGCAUCGUGAUGGUGACUUUGUCAGUGGGGGUGCUGCAAUGCAACCCAUUAGCCAACGUGUCCACGGUGGCAGAUCACUUUGACUACAUCAGGGCAAUCAUUGGAUCCAAGUUCAUUGGGAUUGGCGGAGAUUAUGAUGGGGUCAGACGGUUCCCUCAGGGGCUGGAGGACGUGUCCAUGUACCCGGUUCUGAUAGAGGAGUUGCUGAGUCGCGGCUGGAGUGAGGAAGAACUCCAGGGUGUCCUUCGCGGAAAUCUGCUGCGGGUCUUCGGACAGGUGGAGCAGGUACGGGAGGCAAGCAAGGGGCAAAGCCCGCUGGAGGAUGAGAUCCCAGAUGAGCAGCUGGGCAGCUCUUGCCGCUCUGUUCUCUCACGUCUGCACCAGACACGGUACCUGGCUCCAGACCAGAAACUAACUGAGCCUUCAGAGCACUGGACACCUAAAUGGUUACCUAGACAAUCAUUGUCAAAAUCUCCCCCCAGAAUGGCUCCAGGCCUCACAGUUAUUGCUGCCUGUUUAGUCCUUAUUCUGUGGUUCUGGUAACCCAGUUAAUCCUACCAGAUGUUACUAUGGCAGCUACAGACACCACACAAUGUUCCCCCCAUCAUGCAGGCACAAACAUUUCCUGAAAAUAAAUGUU